CUGCAGUCGAGACAUUACUCCCUGUUUCUCUCUAAAGACGCCAGUUGAAUUAAUAUUUGGAUCAGAGGAAUCUCUGCCCAUCUCUGAUUGUAGAAAUGUCUGCUGCCAGCUGUCUGCUGACUGAAGAUCAGCUCCUGUGCUCCAUCUGUCUGGAUGUCUUCACUGAUCCUGUCACCAUACCAUGUGGACACAACUUCUGUAAAAACUAUAUCACUAAGAACUGGGACAUAAAUGCACGACACUAUUGUCCCAUCUGUAAAGAUUUGUUCAAAAGAAGGCCUGAGCUGAAGAUCAACACUGACAUCAAGGGGAUAGCUGCUCAGUUCAGACAGUCAGCUCAGCAGGAAUCCAGCAGCAGUAGCUUAGAGAGAUACGUUUCCUUACCAGGAGAAGUUCCCUGUGACGACUGCACUGGAACCAAACUGAAUGCCCUGAAGUCCUGCCUGGUGUGUCUGGCUUCUUACUGUGAGACUCACCUGGAGCCUCAUCUGACCAAGUCAGGUCUGAAGAAACAUCAGCUGAUCGACCCUGUGGAGAACCUGGAAGACAGGAUGUGUGAGAAGCACGACAAACUGCUGGAGCUGUUCUGUAAGAACGACCAGAGGUGUGUCUGCAUGAUGUGCUCAGUUAGCGACCACAAGACUCAUGAUGUUGUUCCUCUGAAAGAAGAAUAUGAAGGAAAGAAGGCCAAGCUGGACAAGAGAAAGGCUGAAAUGAAUCAGAUGAUCCAAAAGAGACGACUGAAGAUGCAGGAGCUCAGACGCUCAGUGGAGCUCAGUGAUGAGAACGCAGACAGAGAGAUAGCAGAAGGUUUUCAGGUCUUCACCGCUCUGAUAGAGACUGUGCAGAGAAACCUCAACAGACUCAUCGAUUCAGUCAAAGAGAAACAGGAAAAGACAAAGAACCAGGCUGAAGUCUUUAUCAGAGAGCUGGAACAGGAAAUCUCUGAGCUGGAGAAGAGGAGCACUGUGGUACAGCAGAUCUCACACACUGGAGACCACCUCCAACUCCUCCAGAACUUCACGUCUCUGAACGCUGCCCCACCCACCAAGGACUGGACUGCCAUCAGAGUCCAUCCACCUUCAUAUGAGGGGACUGUGGUGAGAACUGUGAAGCAGCUGGAAGUGAUGAUUAGAGAACAGAUGAAGAAGCUGGUUGGAGCUGAGCUGAAGAGAGUCCAGCAGUAUAAGGUAGACAUGACACUAGAUCCUGAUACAGCACAUCCUAAACUCAUCCUGUCUGAUGAUGGAAAACAAGUGUAUGAGAGUGACACAAAGAAGAAUCUCCCAGACAAUCCAUUGAGAUUUGAUACUUGUCCUAAUGUCUUGUCAAGGCAGAGUUUCUCUUCAGGCAGAUUUUACUACGAAGUUCAGGUUAAAGGAAAAACUGACUGGGAUUUGGGGGUGACUGAGGGGUUAACAAACAGGAGGGGACAGAUUAUAGUAAAUCCUCAGAACGGUUACUGGGCAAUACGUUUGAGGAAUGAAAAUGAGUACAAUGCUCUUGCCGACCCUUCAGUCCGUCUCUCUCUGAAGUCUCAUCCUGAGAAGGUGGGGGUGUUUGUGGAUUAUGAGGAGGGUCUGGUCUCCUUUUAUGACGUUGAUGCUGCGGCUCUGAUCUACUCCUUUACUGGCUGCUCCUUUGUGGAGAGUCUUUACUCUUAUUUUAGUCCUUUCCUUAACAAUUCUGGUAAAAACUCUGCCCCACUGAUCAUCUCCUCUGUUCAGCAAACAAUAAAUGUGGAACCAUUGACACUCCGAGGAAGAUUUCGUCUCUCACAGAGAUUUAGAUCCACUCUAAACUUAUCAGGCUAAUUUGAAACACAAGCAGGUCAAAAGCAAAUCCCAGAAUGAUGAUUAGAAGUUAACCCAAACAUCACCAGAGCAGAGAAUGCUCCCUAGCUUACUGUGAUCCCUAGAGUUGGUUAAAGCAUAGUAGUGCCCAGAUGUGUCCUGCCACUAAUAGGACUUUGUCAACAUUGAAAAGUUACUGAAAAUAGUGCAAUGCUUCUUGCAGUUUGGUCAAAUCAAGGUUGGUUCAUUUUCUCACAAUGAAUGAGCAGAGAGGGCGCACUCACACUAGGUCAUCCGUACCGUGCCGUAUUCUAACCGUGCUGAAGCCCAUUUCACCCCCUCCCCUGUCCCCCCUUUGGCCCGCCCUCACACUGCUGCGUCAUGUGCCGACGUCAUCACUCGAAGCAUCCACCGUUGAUGAACUUAUACGUGUUGAUGACUCAGUAUGCAUAAGUGUUGUUUUUAGGCUGUAAAAUAGCAGCAGAUUUAUUUGAUAUCUGAUCUGGAGUUAUGUCACCUGACCUGGGAUCAGUAGUUACAUUAACUAUACAGAGCCCAGUGAGAAGAGAGAGCAAGAAAGAGGUUCACAGCGGAGAAUUGUCACUCACAGCAUAUAAUCUUGAGCCUGCUCGCCUCUGCUGAAUGAAACCUGGACUUAUUAACUCGUAUGAGCUCCUACAGUCAUUCCUCUGCGUUUUCUUAUACUAUCUGAAUCCCCCUAGCAUCCCUUUAUGCGCAAUGAACUGUGCCAUCUAUGCGUAAUUCUGGAUGCCUGUUGCACCAAACAAGCUCUCAUGUCAUAGACAGCCUCUGUACUGAGCAGGAUUAAGUGAGUGCACCCUAAGAGUCUGGAUAAGAUGGUCUGCAGUAGCGUUUGACUAGACAACUUUACCAUCAGCACACACCAACCACAUUAUUUUGAAUUCAUUUCAACUGAACCAAACAAGGUUAGCAUUCUUAAUAAUCAACAGGCAUUGCAUUUGAUUUUCUUUUCCUCAGGUUUUCUCAGUGGCCGUGUUUCAAUGUAAAAAUGCUCUCUGACAUGUUAUUCUCUUUUGGUAUCUAUCUGUAGCACCUCUUCCUCAAUAUGCUCCUGUAAAUAACAGGAUGAACUAACUGCACAUUGUGACAUGUAUGCCUUUGUUAACCCUACUUCUCAUUUUUGCAGGAGAACGUUUAGACUUGCAAAACUUCACUCUGAGGUUCCAUUAUCCUUGUCUGACCUUUAAGCAUGAAUGCUUUGACUGGACUGAAGUCUGUAUCAGCGUCAUGCUCUACUGUACUGAUUUCUUUGCAAAGGCUUUAUUACAUAACCUUCAGUCAUGUUUAUUGAUAUCAUAUUUCAUAUUCCUCUGCAAUUUCAAAUGGUUUUUAUUAGAAAUGUUGAA